GGAGAUCGGGUCCAGGAGCUGAAGCAGCUUUACUCAGGACAAAUGGCCCGAGGGCUUGGAUAUAGAGGCAUGGUGUUUCGUAAAGGUCGCCUUUGGGUCUCCAUAAGAAGCUGUCUGGACAUGGAGUGUCUAAGGUGACAGAGGACUAUAAUGUCCCCCUGGGUCAGCACACCGAUGGGAGUGGCGGUUCAGCUGAUGUCGACCGUAACGGACUUGAAGCUUCAGCAGAUCCUGCGCUGAUUAAUCCCUAUGAGUCCGACACUUUAAUGGAGCGUGACAGAGCUCGCCAGAUGGUGCCGCAGGGAGGGUGUCCAAAGUUUAUUGUACCCAUAGCUCCUCUGGAAAUCAGCUCCUCCCUGGAGUGUCGCAGGGGUAGCUUGGAAGGGGAUGCAACUAAAAGGACUUCCAAUGACACUCACCCACAAGUUUGGGGUCUUUGGACCAUUUGCGACGAGAUCACUAAAGGAGACAACGAGGUGAGAACCGACGAGGAAGUCAACGCGGUCUGUAGAGAACUUUCAAACACAACUGUUGUUUCGGAGAAGAACCAGGAUGCAAGCACUCUUCCGGACGAUCCUGUUGUGACAAAGUCAACUAAAUCCAUCAAAGUGAAUCAGAAAACGGUGGGAAAGAUGUCUCAAAAAGCAGUGAAGACCCCCCCAGAGAGCAAACCUCGUUCCAAGAAAUCAAGCGGUCACCACCACAGUAUUCCAAAUUCGCUUCAUCUUCUGAGCCAAACGGCCUCCAAACACAAAGAAACUUCGGGCAAUCAGCCUGUCGCUGUACCCGAGGAGAAGACGGUGGUCAUGGAGAGCACGUUCAUCGAGAAGUCCAAGCCACAUGCUAAGAAGAAAAAGAAACACAGCCAUAACGCGACAGCGGGGAAGAUCACAGCCAAGCCUCUAGCCGAGAUGGACAAUGGAGCGAAAGCCAAAGGAAGGAUUGAAAUGUUCGAGGCUAAACUCAGUGCAAAAUCUGCCGAUGCCCGUUGGGAGACGUCAGACGGCGUUGAGCAAAAGCAUCCGGAAGAUGUUAAACACGGAGAACGCCAUCCAGGUCCAGAGAGGCAUCGCCCCAAAAACAUCCCAAUUAAUGAAGAUGUCAUCAAAAAACAACGCCUGUCUGAGGAUAGGUUUGUGACCUUUUUGAACGUGGAGCUGAAGAAGCCUGGCGCCUCCGUUCAGGCAAAGAAGGCGGAGGUUGCCAAGGCGUACAGCGACGUGGUCAAACAAAAAGCAAGUACGCCCAACGAAGAGCCCAAGGUGGUGCAGCCCAUCCAAGCGGCGUCUGUGAGCGGAGACCCGCAGAGUCUCAGUCUUUGGUGUCAGUUCUCGGCCGUCUUGACCGACCACGUGGUCACCUGGAGGAGAGAUAGCGCGCUGCUGGCAGAGGUGAAUCGCAGUGCAGGGGACCGGGGUCCAUCACGUGUCACCAUCACCGAGGCGUCCCACAAAGACCUGGGCAAGUACCAGUGUAGUCUCAGCAGCUCUCAUGGCUCCAUCACACUGGACUACGAGCUCACUUAUGAAGUGCUCCGUGAGAUUGUCAUCCCGCCGUCUCCAAAAACCAUCUCAUCCGUUCCCGCAGAGACCAGCGGCGAGGAAGAAAACGUCCAAUGUUCCAGGCUGAUGUUCAAAGAGGACUUCCUGUCCGAGCAGUACUUUGGGGAGAACCACCCCGUCAGCAUCGUCACAGAGAAAGCCCACUUCGGCGAAGGGAUGCACCGGCGGGCUUUUCGGACCAAGCUGCACCGGGGUCAUCAGGUGCCGUUCUUCCUGUCGGGGCCCUCGUGCGUCCUCAAAGUGCACACCGCCGUCAGCUGUGGGACCAAGAACAACGAGGAGCUCGUUGAGAGGAACUUCACCUUGGCUGUGGAGGAGUGUCAUGUUCAGAACACGGCCAGGGAGUACAUCAAGGAGUACAUGGUCGCCGCCAAGUCGCUGGAAGCCUUCGGAGAAGUCCCAGAGAUCAUUCCCGUCUACCUAGUUCACCGCCCGUCUAGCGACAUCCCGUACGCCACGCUGGAAGAGGAGCUGAUCGGCGACUUUGUCAAGUACUCGGUGAAGGACGGCAAAGAGAUCAACCUGAUGUGGCGCGAUUCGGAGGCGGGACGCAAGUGUUGCACCUUCCAGCAUUGGGUCUACCAAAGGACGGACGGAAACCUGCUGGUCACUGACAUGCAAGGCGUCGGCAUGAAACUCACCGACGUGGGAAUAGCGACGUGUAAAAAAGGCUACAAAGGCUUCAAAGGAAACUGUGCCACGUCCUUCAUCGAGCAGUUUAAAGUGUUGCACCAGUGUAACUCCUUCUGCGAGAUCCUGGGCCUCGUCUCCUUGCAGCCCAAAGUGGCAAAAAAAGCUUCUUGUGCUCCCAAAAGCAAAGCUCAACCUCCUGGAGGAAGCAAAAAGAAAACUUUUGGUCCAUCGCUGAAGGCUAAAUCCUAACAGGAAGACCAGUGUUGAACUCUCAUGUCUUAGAUUCACUGUUUUUUUGUGUUUUUUUUACAUUUAGUGAUGUCUUCAAGCUGUUAAGUUCAUUAAAUUAAUGAGCUUGUUAAUUAACUUUUUGGAGGAAACAUCUCUGAUUGUGUAACAUAUGUUGGAGGACAUCAAUGUGGACUCAUUGAUGUGUUCAUGUUUCUUUCAGUACUUCUUCCAUGCAAAGACUAAUAAUGAUGACAUUGACAUUAGCAUUGGUGCCUACUAUUGUAAACACAGAGAAGCGAUACGGUAUCGAUCCAUGUGCUAUCAUCUCGAGGACACCUUUGACACUGGAAGUCUGCUUGUUUGAGCCACGAGGUC